UGCAUGAUUUUGUGCCCAAAACGCAAACGCAGAAUGGCCACGGUACUGUUUGGCGGUUCGGUGGAGCUGAUAAGGCCGCGAAAGCCUCGACCGUAACGCUGAGAGGCGUUAUUUACAUGCUCUUCGACAACUGCAGGAAGGACGUUAAAAAGACUAUCUUGCCCCUCGGCCAUGAAGAUCCUUCCGUCUAUCCUUGCUUCCGCACCUGUAUCGAGGCCCAACGUCCUCCCCUCCGGCAUAAUGUCGAUUUGGUGUGUGAUAGGCUCAAGGAUAUUCGCUGCGUCGUCUGUCCCAAGAAACCCGAGUCUUGCACUUAUCUAUUGACAAAGCUUGAGCUGUCAUUGUUGGAUGGCAUCAAGGAUGACAUUGAUUUUUGCGUGAAGCUGGCCAGAGAGGAAAACCUCGUGUUUCUUCCAGGAGAGGCUCUGGGGGUGAAGAACUGGAUGAGGAUAACUAUCGGAGUGGAAGCUCAUAUGCUUGAGGAUGCACUUGAGAGACUCAAGGGUUUCUGUACACGCCAUACCAAGAAGACAGAUACAGAAACUGAGUCACCUUCAAGCGUUGAAAAUGAGUGAUAGUGUCGGGAUAGUGGAUAUUACAUGGAUUGUA